AUGACACGUGUUGUGGUGACACCCACUCUGAGAGCAUAUAAAAGACCUCCGCAGGGGGAAAAUGUCCACAGUGAAGUGACACUUCUCACCUUCUCUACCCAAGGACAACCUCAACAACCAACAACCAACACCAUGUGUGGCAGCUACUACGGAGGCUGUGGCUUUGGACGCUAUGGCUAUGGAGGCUGUGGCUACGGAGGCUGUGGCUACGGAGGCUGUGGCUAUGGAGGCUAUGGCUACGGAGGCCUGGGCUGUGGCUAUGGCUCCAGCUAUGGCUGUGGCUUCCGCAGACUGGGCUGUGGCUAUGGCUGUGGCUACGGCUAUGGCUCCCGCUCCCUCUGUGGCUGUGGCUACGGAUGCGGCUCUGGCUACAGCUCUGGCUUUGGCUGCUACUAUUGAGGUCACCAUGGGAGACUCUCACCCUCCACACCUUCACUUAAUGACUCAGCAGUUCUGAACCACACAAAUUUUUG